CUCAAUUCUAAAAAUGGCAUCUGCAAAUAGGGGAGAGGCAGUCCAAAAACAAAUUCAGCAAGAUUGGGUAAAUAGAGAAUACAUAGAAAUUAUUACUAUUAGUAUCAAGAAAAUUACAGACUUUUUAAACUCGUUUGAUUUGUCCUGUCGCUCAAAACUUGCUGGUUUGAACGAGAAACUAACCAUACUUGAGAGAAAAAUUGAUUAUUUGGAAGCUUGUGUGACAAAAGGUGAAACACUUACAUGAGACCAGCUAGUUUAAUCCAUUCUCAUAAUCAUGUUGUCUUUUCACAGAUUUUUAAAUUGUUUGCCAUCAAAAACUUUACAUCAAAAUAGAACAUUGUUUUACUGGAUUAAUUUACAAUUUAACUCAUUGGAUGUUGAACGUAAAAAAAAGUUAGGACCUGAUCGUACAUGUGCGGAAUGGAUAUUAAGAAACGGUGGCUCUGUGAAAUUUGUUAGCUUUAAGGGUUAUUUAACAGACUAUAAUGAGUUGCCUCUGGAAGGUACUCUUCUUCGUGUGAAAGAAGUAGAUGCUUCAAAUACAAGCAUUAUGCAUUCUGGAUUUGAACACUUUAAUGGUUGCAAACACAUAGAGUUGUUAAAAUUACACAAGUGUGCUUAUGUUGAUGAUAAAGCUUUAGAACAGUUGCAUUAUUUAAAAGAUUCUUUAUGUAAAUUACAAGUUAGUUGUUGUCCAAAUGUAACAGAGAAAGGAAUUUUGAGUUUAGGGGUUUUAAAAAAAUUGGCCAAAUUAAAUAUAUGUGACCUUACUUCUGUUAAAUCAUUAGAGGAUACUGUACAAACUUUAAAAACUAGUUUGCCUCAUUGUGAAAUAGCAUGUUCUACUGGAUGAACAAUUUUUGGGCCUUGUAGAUAUAAAUGUGCAUUGUAAAUAUAUACAUAUUUUCAUUUUUACAUAUAAUACAUUUGUAACGCAAUCAUUUUUUAAAACAAACAUAUUUUGUAUUAUUAAUAUAUGAAAGUAUAAUUAUUGUCUACAAGGUGAAACAUAAAUGUAUUAUCUUUAGUUUUUAUCUCAAAUAUAUUUUAUUUCAUUUUCA